CGCGCGCCGCGCGCCGCGCCUCCUGUCAGAGGCAGCCAUUGUUCAGCGGCUCACGCUGUCUGUGCCGGGGCUGGGCUGGUCCUACCCGCCUCUCCAAGUCCCUGCCCCUCCUUAAAGCUGGGAGAGGGGGCCAGUCCCCGGCUCUGAGUACUCAGGGGUUCUUGGGUGCCGGCCACCAUGAGCAAACGGAAGGCGCCACAGGAGACUCUCAACGGGGGAAUCACCGAUAUGCUCACAGAACUCGCAAACUUUGAGAAGAACGUGAACCAGGCUAUCCACAAGUACAAUGCUUACAGAAAAGCAGCAUCUGUGAUAGCAAAGUACCCACACAAAAUAAAGAGUGGAGCGGAAGCUAAGAAAUUGCCUGGAGUAGGAACAAAAAUUGCUGAAAAGAUUGAUGAGUUUUUAGCAACUGGAAAAUUGCGUAAACUGGAAAAGAUUCGGCAGGAUGAUACAAGUUCAUCCAUCAAUUUCCUGACUCGAGUUACUGGCAUUGGUCCAUCUGCUGCAAGGAAGUUCGUAGAUGAAGGAAUUAAAACAUUAGAAGAUCUCAGAAAAAAUGAAGAUAAAUUGAACCAUCAUCAGAGAAUUGGGCUGAAAUAUUUUGAAGACUUUGAGAAAAGAAUUCCUCGUGAAGAGAUGUUACAAAUGCAAGAUAUUGUACUAAAUGAAGUUAAAAAAGUGGAUUCUGAAUACAUUGCUACAGUCUGUGGCAGUUUCAGACGAGGUGCAGAGUCCAGUGGUGACAUGGAUGUUCUUCUGACCCAUCCAAGCUUUACCUCCGAAUCAACUAAACAGCCAAAGCUGUUACAUCGUGUUGUGGAGCAGUUACAAAAGGUUCAUUUUAUUACAGAUACUCUGUCAAAAGGUGAAACAAAGUUCAUGGGUGUAUGCCAGCUUCCCAAUAAAAAUGAUGAAAAGGAGUAUCCACACAGGAGAAUCGAUAUCAGAUUGAUACCCAAGGAUCAAUAUUAUUGUGGUGUUCUCUAUUUCACGGGCAGUGAUAUUUUCAAUAAGAAUAUGAGAGCGCAUGCCCUAGAAAAGGGCUUCACAAUCAAUGAAUACACAAUCCGUCCCUUGGGAGUCACUGGAGUUGCUGGAGAACCCCUGCCAGUGGAUAGUGAGAAAGACAUCUUUGACUAUAUCCAGUGGAAAUACCGAGAACCCAAGGAUCGAAGUGAAUGAUGCCUAUCCUUCCUCCCAGGCACAGCCCAACAGGAGUCUUAAUUUAUUUCUUAACCUUUGCUAUGUAAGGGUCUUUGGUGUUUUUAAAUGAUUGUUUCUUCUUUAUGCUUUAGCUUGCACUGUAGUCAAUAAAACCUCUUGGACGAUUA